AGCGCCUAGAAUGAGGUUGUUUUUCACAGCUGUGCUGCUCGGUGCAUUAGCUGCGAGCAUUGAAGCUGGUAUAUGUGGACACGAGCUUGCUGCAAGCAGACAUGUUGACCGCAACUGUGGGAAAACCCAACUGAUAUGGGUUUACAAUUGGCUGACCUCAAAAUGCAUUCCAUUCACCGAUUCUGAUUGCCCUGGAGCUGUCAAUCGCUUUGUUAAGAAAAAGGAUUGUGAAACCUUGUGCAAAAAUAAGGGUCGUCUUCCGGUUGACUCCUGAGAAAUGUGAAUUUUAAAGUGAUAAAAAUAUAAAUGGAUAGAUACAAACUACGAAUUUCUACGUAUAAAGAGUCAAGAGUGAUUCUCAACUGGGUUUUUUCUAAGCUUUAUAUAACUAUAAGUUAUAGUUAAAGUUAUUCGCCAAGUCUCGAAGGGGCCACUUUCAAAAGAGGAGAUUAAUUUAAACUCAAAUUGAAGCAAAGUUACCUUGGCAUCUCACAUGCCGACGCCGCCUCUUCAGCUCUGCAAGGACUAAGUGAAACCAGUUUGAAGAGCUGGCAAAACCCAAUAAAAUCGAAAACAAAUAAUUAUAAAAUAAACGGAACUCAGCUUGUUGUGCAAAAUAAAUACAAAUUUCACUAUAAUUUGAAGGUUUGUUGUUU